CCGAGCUCUUCCAGGCCUUUCCUGCUGAUUAUGUUCAAGUUUGAGGAAAAGGGCAGGAGCCCCCCGAGCUCCAUGUACCUGAACGAUAUGAAGAAGCCGAGCAACAAGCAGCAGAAUCUGAACAUUAAACUUUACAGGAGGAGAUGGGUGAUAGUUUUCCUCUUCAGUUCCUACUCUCUGUGUAACGCUUUCCAGUGGAUUCAGUAUGGGAUCAUCAAUAACAUUAUCAUGAAGUAUUACAAUGUCGAUUCCUUUACAAUAGACUGGCUCUCCAUGAUUUAUUUCGUGGCUUACAUUCCCAUCAUCUUCCCGGUGACCUGGCUGCUGGACAAGAAGGGCCUGAGGGUCAUCGCUCUGUGCGGCUGCGGCCUCAACUGCUGCGGCGCCUGGAUCAAGAUCGCCAGCGUCCGGCCCGACCUCUUUGCCGUCACCUUCUUCGGCCAGGCGGUGUGCGGGGUGGCCCAGGUCUUCAUCCUGGGCAUGCCGUCCCGGAUCGCCUCCGUCUGGUUCGGGGCGCACGAGGUCUCUACCGCCUGUUCCAUCGCCGUCUUCGGAAACCAGAUGGGAGUGGCCCUGGGUUUUCUAAUUCCUCCCAUACUUGUACCAAAUGUGGAUGACCUGGAUCAACUGACUUACCAUAUCAACAUCAUGUUUUAUGGCACUGCCGCAGUGGCAACUGUGCUUUUCAUUCUUGUUAUCCUAGUUUUUCAGGAGAAGCCAGAUAUUCCACCAAGCCAAGCACAGGCAGCUAUCCUCGCCAACUCAUCGCAGGAUUACUCCUACAUUCAGUCUAUUCUGCAAUUGGUCAGAAAUAUGCCAUUUUUUCUUCUUAUUAUUACCUAUGGGAUUAACACCGGUUCCUAUUAUGCAGUUUCAACGCUUCUGAACAAGAUGGUGCUAACACAUUACCCAGGUGAAGAGUUGAACGCUGGGAGAAUUGGGCUCACUAUUGUGGUUUCCGGAAUGGUUGGUUCCAUUAUCUGUGGAAUCUGGUUGGACAAAACCCAAACAUACAAACAGACCACAUUGGCCGUUUACUUCUUGGCCUUUGCAGGGAUGGUGGCCUUCACAUUCACCCUUAACCUGGGUCACCUGUGGGUUGUCUUCGUGACUGCUGGGAUACUAGGGUUCUUUAUGACAGGAUACCUGCCACUUGGCUUUGAGUUUGGUGCAGAACUUACAUACCCUGAGUCUGAGGGAACAUCUUCAGGUCUGCUUAAUGAAUCUGCACAGGUUUUUGGAAUUACUUUUACCAUUUCACAGGGUAAACUGAUUGAUCACUUUGGAACUGUAGCUGGAAACAUUUUCAUAUUUGUAUUUCUCUUCAUUGGAACGGUUAUAACAGCAAUAAUUAAAUCAGACCUCAGGAGACAGAAGGCAAACAUGCACGUGACACAAGACACGAGCAUAAGAGCAAAUCACCUUCUCGAUUACGGGUCUACAGCUGCCACGAUUUCCUCAUUCAUCUUGCCUCGUCGGUUGUUGUCGUCAGAGCGGUUUGCCAAAAAGGCAGAGGAGGGAGUCUGCAGCUCUAUAAUCUUAAACGAGGCAGCACUGUGAACACAAUCCCAACCAUGGAUAGAGUCAAGGAUAUUCAGCCAGCACCAUGAGACAUGCCCACAAGGAUGGCAAGGACUGCUUUAUACCUGCAGAUUCUCUUUGAAAUUGAUUUGCCAAAGCCUAAUAUUUUGAAUAUGUAUCAUGAUCACUUCAUCUGCAUUAACUAAGCUCUUACCCUCCAGGAAAGAUUUCCAUAAUAAGACUCAUUGUGCUGCUCUUUUCCAGUUCCUGGCCAUCAAUAAAAUCUCUAGUUUUCUGAGGGACAUGUGCUGGCGCACAAAGCAGGGCUGCUAUACAUAGACUAUAGCUAUACAUAGCUAUACAGUGGUGUAAGAGCCUCGGUCAGAUGGUUUUGGAAUGUUCCCUUAGAAGUUGUAACUACACAGCACAACACUGAAAGAUUUACAGUAACUUGUAUAACAGCACAAACAAUACGUAAAGAUACCUGUAAAAAAAAUCAAAAUUCUACUUAACAUUUUGUUAGGAUUCUGAUUCCACAGAAAUAAUAAACAGGUAUAUGAACUGUGGCCCAGGUCUGGGUGUACAGCUGGUACCUGUAGUCUGUGUCUGGGUGUACAGCUGCUGGUGCCUGUAGUCCAAGUUUGACUGUAUAGCUGGUGCCUGUUGUCUGAGUCUGGAUAUAUAACUGCUGUUGCCUGUAGUUCAAGUCUGGGUGUACAGCUGCUGUUGCCUGUAGUCCAAGUCUGGGCAUACAGCUGGUGCAUGUAGUCUGAGUCUGGGUGUACAGCUGGUGCAUGUAGUCCGAGUCUGGGUGUACAGUUGGUGCAUGUAGUUCAAAUUUGGGUGUACAGCUGGUGCCUAUAGUCCGAGUCUGGGUAUACAGCUGGUACCUGUAGUCCGAGUCUGGGUAUACAGCUGGUACCUGUAGUCCGAGUCUGGGUAUACAGCUGGUGCCUGUAGUCUGAGUCUGGGUAUACAGCUGGUGCCUGUAGUCAGAGUUUGUGUGUACAGCUGGUGCCUGUAGUCCGAGUCUGGGCAUAUAGCUGGUGCCUGUAGUCCAAGUUUGGGUAUACAGCUGGUGCCUGUAGUCCGAGUCUGGGUAGACAGCUGCUGUUGCCUGUAGUCCAAGUCUGGGUGUACAGCUGCUGUUGCCUGUAGUCCGAGUCUGGGUGUACAGCUGGUGCCUGCAGUCCGAGUUUGGGUAUACAGCUGGUGCCUGUAGUCCGAGUCUGGGUAUACAGCUGGUGCCUGUAGUCUGAGUUUGAGUGUAUAACUGGUGCCUGUAGUCCGGGUCUGGGUGUACAGCUGGUGCCUGUAGUCCAUGUCUGGGUGUAGAGCUGGUGCCUGUAGCCCGAGUCUGGGUGUACAACUGGUGCCUGUAGUCCAAGUUUGAGUGUACAACUGGUGCCUGUAGUCCGAGUCUGGAUGUAUAGCUGGAGCCUGUAGUCUGAGUCAGGAUAUACAGCUGCAGGUGCCUGUAGUCCAAGUUUGAGUGUAUAGCUUGUGCCUGUAGUCUGAGUCUGGGUAUAUGCUGCUAUUGCCUGUAGUCCGAGUUUGAGUGUACAGCUGGUGCCUGUAGUCCGAGUUUGAGUGUACAGCUGGUGCCUGUAGUCCGUGUCUGGGUGAAUAGCUGGUGCCUGUAGUCCAAGUCUGGGUAUACAGCUGGUGCCUAUAGUCCGAGUUUGAGUGUAUAGCUGGUGCCUGUAGUCCGAGUCUGGGUGAAUAGCUGGUGCCUGUAGUCGGAGUCUGGGUAUACAGCUGGUGCCUGUAGUCGGAGUCUGGGUGUACAGCUGAUGCCUGUAGUCCGAGUUUGAGUGUACAGCUGGUGCCUAUAGUCCGAGUCUGGGUGAACAGCUGGUGCCUGUAGUCCAAGUCUGGGUAUACAGCUGGUGCCUGUAGUCUGAGUCUGGGUGAAUAGCUGGUGCCUGUAGUCCAAGUUUGAGUGUAUAGCUGCUGCCUGUAGUCCGGGUCUGGAUGUAUAGCUGGUGCCUGUACUCCGGGUCUGGGUGUACAGUUGAUGCCUGUAGUCCGAGUCUGGGUGUACAGCUGGUGCCUGUAGUCCAAGUCUGGAUGUAUAGCUGGUGCCUGUAGUCCGAGUUUGGCUGUAUAGCUGGUGCCUGCAGUCCGGGUCUGGCUGUACAGCUGGUGUCUGUAGUCCGAGUUUGGGUGUAUAGCUGGCGCCUGUAGUCUGAGUCAGGGUAUACAGCUGCUGGUGCCUGUAGUCCAAGUUUGAGUGUGUAGCUGGUGACUGUAGUCUGAGUAUAUAGCUGCUGUUAUCUGUAGUCCGAGUCUGGGUGUACAGCUGCUGUUAUCUGUAGUCCGAGUCUGGGUGUACAGCUGCUGUUGCCUGUAGUCCAAAUCUGGGUGUACAGCUGCUGUUGCCUGUAGUCCGAGUCUGGGUGUACAGCUGGUGCAUGUAGUCUGAGUCUGGGUGCAUAGCUUAUGCCUGUUGUCCAUGUCUGGGUGUACAGCUGGUGCCUGUAGUCCAUGUCUGGGUGUACAGUUGGUGCCUGUAGUCCGAGUCUGGGUGUACAGCUGGUGCCCUUGGUCCGAGUCUGGCUGUACAGCUGGUGCCCUUGGUCCGAGUCUGGCUGUACAGCUGGUGCCUGUAGUCCGAGUCUGGCUGUACAGCUGGUGCCUGUAGUCCGAGUCUGGCUGUACAGCUGGUGCCUGUAGUCUGAGUUUGGGUGUACAGCUGGUGCCUGUAGUCCGAGUCUGGAUGUGUAGCUGGUGCCUGUAGUCCAAGUUUGUGUGUACAGCUGGCGCCUGUAGUCCGAGUCUGGGUGUAAACCAGUGAGGAGCGAGUCUGUAAGCUGCUUUUGGUGUUGCCAUUUGGGAAGAACUCAGUAGUUCAGUGUAGCCUCUUCAUUGUACAAAGACUGCUCCUUAAGGCCUCAACAUUAAUGUUUUAGUCGAGGAGAAGAAAGGGCUGAUUGAACUCCUGCAUCAUCUAUGAAGUAAGGACAAUAGAUGAAUUAAUCUCUUGAUGCUUACACCUUUCAUUCUUUGGUACAGAUACACCUGAAUACAAUGAAAGAACAUUGUUUUGUCAGCUGUGUAGCUCUGAGCUUGUUGUAGGAUCCCCUGUAAAUUGUGAUUACCAUUUGAUUACAGGCCUGUAUAUAUAGAUCAUGUACCAUAUUGCUGCCCUUUGAACAGAGCGGAGGUGCUGGACAAUUCUUGCAGUUUCCGUACUAGUUGGACCUGCCUAAUUCCGCUAAGAGCAACAGAGAGAUUUUAUUCAUCUAUAUUUGGAAAAUAGCAGCACAAUUUGCAGGAACAGUGGAUGGUAUUUCAAAUUGAAAGAAUGAGAUAGGGUUCAGAAUUAUAAAUAAAAUCUUGGGCCUAAUGCCUAAAUGUGA